GUCGUGUCGUGUCUGGACGAGGGGACGUAGACGUGUCUGGACGAGGGGACGUAGACGUGUCUGGACGAGGGGACGUAGACGUUUCUGGACGACACGACGUAGACGUUUCUGGAUGACGCCACGUAGACGUGUCUGGACGACAUGACGUGUCUUGACGAGGUGAAAUGUCUGGACGAGGGGACGUGUCGUGUCUGGAUGAGGGGACGUGUCGUGUCUGGACGAGGGGACGUGUCGUGUCUGGACGAGGGGACGUGUCGUGUCUGGACGAGGGGACGUGUCGUGUCUGGACGACGGGACGUGUCGUGUCUGGACGACGUGAUGUAGACGUGUCUGGACGAGGGGACGUGUCGUGUCUGGACGACGGGACGUGUCGUGUCUGGACGACGCGAUGUAGACGUGUCUGGACGAUGCAACGUAGAUGUGUCUGGACGAUGCGACGUGUCUGGACGAUGUGACGUGAUGUGUCUGGAUGACGUGACGUGUCUGGAUGACGUGACGUGUCUGGACGAGGGGACGUGAUGUGUCUGGACGAGGUGAAAUGUCUGGACAAGGUGACAUGUCUGGACGAGGUGAAGUGACGUGUCUGGACGAGGUGAAGUGACGUGUCUGGACGACGUGACGUAGACGUGUCUGGACGACGUGACGUAGACGUGUCUGGACGACGUGACGUAGACGUGUCUGGACGACGGGACGUGAAGUGUCUGGACGACGGGACGUGAAGUGUCUGGACGACGGGACGUGAAGUGUCUGGACGACGCGACGUAGACGUGUCUGGACGACGCGACGUGGACGUGUCUGGACGACGCGACGUGGACGUGUCUGGACGACGCGACGUGGACGUGUCUGGACGACGUGUCGUGUCUGGACGAGGGGACGUGUCGUGUCUGGACUACGGGACGUGACGUGUCUGGACGACGGGACGUAGACGUGCCUGGACGACGCGACGUAGACGUGCCUGGACGACGCGACGUAGACGUGCCUGGACGACGCGACGUAGACGUGUCUGGACGACGCGACGUAGACGUGUCUGGACGACGUGAUGUGUCUGGACGAGGUGAAGUGAUGUGUCUGGACGAGGUGAAAUGUCUGGACGAGGUGAUGUGUCUGGACGAGGUGAUGUGUCUGGACGAGGUGACGUAGACGUGUCUGGACGACGCGACGUAGACGUGUCUGGACGACGCGACGUGUCUGGACGACGCGACGUGUCUGGACGACGCGACGUGUCUGGACGAGGGGACGUGUCGUGUCUGGACGAGGGGACGUGUCGUGUCUGGACGACGGGACGUGACGUGUCUGGACGACGCGAUGUAGACGUGCCUGGACGACGCGACGUAGACGUGCCUGUACGACGCGACGUAGACGUGUCUGGACGACGCGACGUAGACGUGUCUGGACGACGCGACGUAGACGUGUCUGGACGACGUGAUGUGUCUGGACGAGGGGACGUGAUGUGUCUGGACGAGGGGACUCAAAUCAAAGAUGUGGUGAUUAAACCUGAUGCUCCGAACACUCUCCUCCUGGAGAAGCAUGUGGAUUACAUCGCAGCCUACGGCUCCAAAAAAGAUGAUUACGAGUACACCCUGUCGGAGUACCUGAGGAUGAGUGGGAUUUAUUGGGGUCUCACUGUGAUGGAUCUGAUGUCUCAGCUGCAGCGCAUGAACCGAGAUGAGAUCAUCGACUUCAUUAAAGCGAGUCAACACGAGUGUGGAGGCAUCAGCGCGAGUGUGGGACACGACCCACACCUACUGUACACACUGAGCGCUGUGCAGAUCCUGACUCUGUAUGACAGCGUUAAAGUGAUCGAUGUGGAUAAAGUGGUGGAUUACGUUCGGGGACUGCAGCAGGAGGACGGGUCAUUCACAGGAGACAAAUGGGGUGAGGUCGAUACCAGGUUCUCCUUCUGCGCCAUGGCCACGCUCGCUCUGCUGGGCAGGCUGGAUGCAGUGGAUGUGGAUAAAGCGGUGAAGUUUGUUUUGUCCUGCAUGAACUUUGAUGGAGGGUUUGGUUGUAGACCCGGCUCUGAGUCUCAUGCUGGACAGAUUUACUGCUGUACAGGUUUCCUCUCGAUCACAGGUCAGCUCCACCAGGUGAAUGCUGAUCUGUUGGGGUGGUGGCUGUGUGAGAGGCAACUCCCAUCUGGAGGCCUGAACGGCCGACCGGAGAAGCUGCCGGAUGUGUGUUACUCAUGGUGGGUUCUGGCUGCACUGAAGAUCAUCGGCAGGAUUCACUGGAUUGAUAAAGCCAAGCUGAGGAGGUUUAUCCUGGCGUGUCAGGACGAGGAGACCGGGGGAUUCGCUGACCGCCCUGGAGACAUGGUGGACCCGUUCCACACCCUGUUCGGUGUAGCCGGUCUCUCUCUGCUGGGCGAUCAGCAGAUUAAAGCGGUGAAUCCGGUGUUCUGUAUGCCGGAGGAGGUUCUGCAGAGAAUUGGCCUCCACACGGACCUGCUCACCUAAACGUGUGCGCGCACACACACACACACACACACACUCUGUACAGUGUUGUAGAACUUGUGGGUGUGUUCUGAUACACGUACGCCUUUAAAACCUCUUGUAAUAACGUGUUUGUUUACGUGGAUGUUUGUUGUUUAGGAUCCUGUUCAGUGGUAAUGACGGAAACCUGAUGCUGUUUUUCUGAGACCUGGAUACAGAACAGUGUGUUUAUAUAGAGAGCGUUUAUAUAUUUAUUUAUACAGCAGGACACCGAAGUGAUGAGUGUUCAGUAAACCAUGAGAUUAUGCACAGAAUACUGCUUUUUUAUUUAUUUAUUUUUUUUGUUCCAAAAGGAUGGAGCUCGUCUGCUGUAUUGAGCUCAAAUACAGUGAAUAAAGCAACUAAGAUGAUAAAUAUAGAUUAAAGUUCAUUGAUCUGA